ACAAGAAAAUGCCGCGCCGGUGUGAACCAAUCCCAGAAAUGAGCUUCUGAGAUUCCUUUUAACUAGCUUCUUCUGGGGUGGGAAUCAUUGCUAAUCCACGCCCAUUGAUUUUCUUUUUGGCCUUGAAUCCCUCAUCUUGACUUAAAUCACUGAGCAAGACCCGCGAAUUCCCAAUCUCUUCGAACCCUAGAUUUGGAUUUUCAAUUUCACGGCUUUUUCUGAACCCUAAAUUUUGAUUCCCUUUCCAUGGCUGACCCGUCUUCCUCAUCUCGGUCAUCCAAUUCCGGGCAAUUUGCCUACUCCGACGGCUCUUACUUCCCCAUGCCUUUCCAUCUGCAGCAAUCUGCUUCCGCGACGUCGUCUCACUAUGCUGCGCCAUAUGUAGCAGCGUCACCGGCGGUGCAAAUUCCUCCUCAAGCGCCUCCUGCCGCUGUGCCCGGCGUCUACUCUUACCCACAGUAUCAGCAGGCGCAGCAAUUAUUUCAACGGGAUGCACAGACAAUCACACCCGAGGCUCUUGAGAAUGUCAAAGCAGCCAUUGCUAACAGCGAGAUUGAGCACAAGGCAGAGACCAAAAAGAAAGCUAUUCCUCGUAAAGCUGCAGGGCAAUCAUGGGAGGAUCCUUCGCUGGCAGAGUGGCCUGAGAAUGAUCAUCGGCUGUUCUGUGGUGAUCUUGGUAACGAGGUAAAUGACGAUGUCCUUUCGAAAGCCUUUUCGCGAUUUCCUUCAUUUAACAUGGCCAGAGUUGUGAGGGAUAAGCGGAGUGGAAAAACAAAAGGCUACGGAUUUGUUAGCUUCGCGGAUCCUUCUGACCUUGCUGUUGCUCUUAAAGAGAUGAACGGUAAAUAUGUUGGAAAUAGGCCAAUCAAAUUGUGCAAGAGUAAAUGGAAGGAGAGAACGGAUUUUGAUGCUCUAGAUAAACACAAGAAGCAAUCUCGGAAGAAACCGAAACCUUCAAAAGUGGGUGUAUUGCAUUACUGAGCGCCCCGCCAGAACUUGGGAAACUGGGACUGCGACGACAUUAAACAAGUUGUAUUAAUCAUUUCGAUGUUUAGAAGUUCCGUAAUUUCUUGUCUUUUGCCUUUCUAGUUUCCUGUUUCAAGUUUAUGUGCGAUGUUCUUAAGCCGACUGCCCUUUUGUAACAUUUCUCAAUCACACAGAUGAGGUGAAUAUUUGAGAAUAGUAUUUGCAUUGCUUACUCUAAUUUUGUGUCUUGGUUUGGGAGGUUGCUGAUUUAGUUUUACCCA